AUGGCAUGGAUGCUGACGAAGCCGACGAAAAAGAUAACGAUGGUGUAAACGAGAAAUUGAAAGAAAGUGCUGAUCUCAAAAAGAAAGAAUAUAAGGCAUCAGAUGAGAAGAACAUUGCUAUCAGAACGGAAUCAGAUGGAUUGAACCAAGAAAGAAAAACAAAUGAAAAGCUUAUCGACAAGGCCCGAAGACACAAAGGACGUGACGUCGAAAUAGAUGCAUGUGAAGUACCCGAUCUUUCUCAAAACCCUGCGGGUAUGAAUAACGCUGAUGAAAUAAAAAACCCGGAAGAUCGGUGUCAAACUGGAAUUAGAACUGAAAGAGGUGAUAAAAAACUUGAUUACCGGAAGUCGGCUGAAGGAAACGAUAUGGGCAAGAAUAAUGAACCCGACGAUGUAAAUUAUGACGACGAAACGAUUGCUGAAGAAGAGGAUAAAGGUAAUGUAAAGAUACUUGCCGAAAAAGAGAAGUAUGAUCAUGCCUACGAAUUGUGGAUUAAAAGAGUUGACGAAUUUCGAAAAACUGUGAGUGAAGUAAAAGAGCCUACCGGGAUGAAACCUGCCGAAACCGAAGAAGAUACGACGAAUGGUCAUGCAAAAGUCUGUGAAACUGUAUGUGGGACAAAGAAGAGGACUCCCGAACGUGUAUGUGAAGAUCAAGACCCGAUGCCUAUGCAAUAG